AUGGGCUGGAGUACUCAGAAUCAAACACUUCGCUGUCUAACAUAUUCACUUCUUAUUCUUACUAUUUCAAGCUUAUCCCACUUCACAUUCCAGGCUGAAGGAAGAAAAUUGCUUGAUACUCACCGUCAUCAUGGGGAUAAUCAGAUAGAGAGUGAAAAGAGAGGAAUGUUGAGAUCACAAAUUGGGUCUAGGCCACCUAGAUGUGAAAAAAGAUGUGGUACUUGCGGUCACUGUGAAGCCAUUCAGGUUCCAACAAAUCCACAAAUUACAAAUGGAAAUAAGAAUCACACAAUCAACAGCAACAACAAGAAAGCGUCCAACAACAUUGCCUAUGCAAGGGACAGCGACAACUCAAACUACAAGCCAAUGAGCUGGAAAUGCAAAUGUGGAAAUCUUAUCUUCAAUCCUUAAGCAACAACUCAAACUAAGUAGUCACCUUGUACAUGAAUCAUUGCUACUUU